AUGCGUCUGGAGAGCUUUGCUGACUCAGUCAAUGCGCCAUCUAGACGACCGGUUGGCCAACUCCUCACCUCUUGCUUCUUCCGUUGUUAUCGUUUCCACAAUUAUCCCAUAUACUAUAUUCCAUAUUGCAUAUUCUCUGUGCGAUCAAACCGCGUCUCAACCCUCCGAACAAUGUUUUCUGUCUCGAAAACCCGGUCGUCGGGCUACCACAAUGGCCAGGUCCCUUUCGACCAGGCCUAUCGGCCCUUGUUAGCUGUUCCCGCUGGCCUCGGCCAGACCGGUCUCCGGCUACAGUCAACUCCCAAUUCAGGGCGUUGUCGGCUCACCUGUCCCCUAGCGCACCAGUCUGGUGAUGGUGGUGGUUAA